GGUGUUAGCAUUUGAAAUCUACUCCUCAGGCAUAACUAUCCAUAGAGCACAACUCCGACUGCCUUCUUUAUUGGCUACUUGCCACAUCUUCUCCCCCUCGGUUGCAGAAGCACAGAAAGAUGAGUAAAUUACUUGUCAUAGCCCUCCUGCUGCUGCCUCUGAUCAACCAAGGAAUCUACUUGGCCACGGCAUGGGAUGAUCAAGAUUUCUUCAAAUACUGCCCACCGUCCCAGUGCAGCCAAGAUGGCCCAGAGGUCAGGUUUCCUUUCUGCCUUGAAUCCAGCAAUACAUCAGCAGCAGCAACAGCAUCAUGUGGAUGUGCCGGUAGAUCAACCAGGAAGUUAGCAUGCUCUGGGCGAGACACCAUCCUUUUUCACCCAGUUCUUGGCCCGUACAAUGUCAGCGCCAUAGAUUACGGACGUUCUUCCAUGAAGCUCAUCCCGCUUGUAGACCCUUGUUUCGUGCUACAGCAGAAGCCUGUCAUCUCCAGAAGCUCAUCAUCUCCACAGGCUGAUGUUAUUAACUAUGAGAUGCCAGGUCUUUACCGAUGGAAUUCUAUCCUAGUACGCUGUUCAAGAGAGUUUGCACCUGGUGCUGCCGAUGGGAUUGCUGGCCCAGUCUCCUGCCUUAGCAACACAACAAACUUCUUUUAUUUGGUGAAUGGUUAUGAAGACAUGUCUAUUCUUCCGUUGGACUGCAAGGUCGUCCCACUCUCAGAUGGUGUCGGUGGCGGUCUGAUACCCAUGUACAUAUUUGACAAACCAAUGUCAGACACGCUCCCAGUGUCCUUCAAGGAAAGCACAGAGAGACUCCUCAGUUUUGCUGAGAUGACAGUGUAUUGGUAUGGUUACACUUGCAGGCAAUGUGAACGCAGUGGGGGACGCUGCGCGUUCAGCUCACAAAGGGAUAGACAAUUCUGCAUGCCCGGCCCACAUGGUUCACGUAUCAAAGUCAUUGCAGCUACAUCAUCGGUGGCUGCAUUUGUUGUUCUUUUGUUGACGGUGGCCACUGUGCUUUAUCUUUCACUCAAGACAAGAUAUAAUGCGGAGAUACAUAUGAAGGUUGAAAUGUUUCUCAAAACAUAUGGAACAUCAAAACCGACAAGGUACACUUUCUCUGAAGUUAAGAAGAUGGCACGACGGUUUAAAGAAAAAGUAGGGCAGGGAGGAUUUGGAAGUGUGUACAAAGGCGAGCUACCAAAUGGAGUGCCUGUGGCAGUCAAGAUGCUAGAGAACUCUACAGGAGAGGGAGAAUCAUUCAUCAAUGAAGUUGCAACCAUCGGAUUAAUCCACCAUGCCAAUAUCGUCCGCCUCCUGGGAUUUUGUUCCGAAGGAAUGAGACGGGCUCUUAUUUAUGAAUUCAUGCCUAAUGAGUCACUAGAGAAAUACAUAUUCUCUGAUGACUCUAAUAUUUUUCAGAAUCUUCUAGUACCAGAGAAGCUCCUAGAUAUUGCUUUAGGCAUCGCCCGAGGUAUGGAGUACUUACAUCAAGGGUGCAACCAGCGCAUCCUCCACUUUGACAUCAAGCCUCACAAUAUCUUGCUGGAUUACAACUUCAAUCCAAAGAUCUCAGACUUUGGCCUGGCCAAGUUGUGUGCAAGGGACCAAAGCAUCGUCACCUUAACAGCAGCAAGAGGCACAAUGGGCUAUAUUGCACCAGAGUUAUACUCACGGAACUUUGGGGGAGUAUCGUACAAGUCAGACGUGUACAGUUUCGGCAUGCUAGUGCUAGAAAUGGUGAGCGGGAGGAGGAAUUCAGACCCAAGAAUCGGGAGCCAGGACGAUGUUUACCUCCCUGAGUGGAUCUACGAGAAAGUGAUCAAUGGGGAGGAGUUGGCGCUUACUUUGGAAACGACUCAAGAAGAGAAAGACAAGGUGAGCCAGCUGGCUAUGGUGGCACUGUGGUGCAUCCAGUGGAACCCGAGAAACCGGCCGUCGAUGACAAAGGUCGUGAACAUGUUAACGGGGAGGCUGCAGAGUUUGCAGAUGCCCCCGAAGCCUUUUGUCUCAUAUGAAAAUGAACCUAUGCCAUAAAUCAAAACAGGGACUACCAUACUCUGUCAACAUUCAGGGACUACCAUGCUCUGUCAACACUGUAUUUCUAUACUUUCAGUCCAUAUAAUAGGUCUGGAGAUGUAUGAAUAAUCACUGGUCACUACCAUUGUAAUAGUACUCUACUAGUUGUUUGCAAGACACGCAGAUUCACAAUUGGACUUGUAUUUUAACAGCUACACCCAUAUUUAUCUUCAAAAGUAGCAAAUACUCUGUUGAUUA